AUUAUGAGCAAUAAAUCCUACAGAUAAGAUGAAAGCCUGAUUGAACCUGAUUAAACCUAAUUCUAACAGAUUGAUCAGGAUCCUAUUAAACAGGAAGAAAUUCUUCCUUCAGAAAAUUAGGAGCUAGAUGUAUUAGAAGUAACACAAAAUAUUACCUUCAACUUUGCUAACUUCACGACUUUUAUGAUUGAAAUCCCAGAUUUUGCAAAAUUGUUCUCUUUACAACGGUAUUACUAAUAAGAAUUAAAAUAAUUGCUAACAAGUUUAGAAUUGAAUUUUGAGAUUGUAAAAGAAGGGUUGAAAAUUCAAACAGAGGCAGAAGAUUCACUUCAUGAAGAGUUAAAACAUGCAGUAAAUAAAUAUCUUGAAUAAAUACACACAAGAAAAUUAGCUUUAGAUUAUGAUAGUUCGAGAACAUUUUUUCGCUCUAAUUAUAUUUAGAAAGAGUGUUAAAAUAAAUAGUAUUAUAUUGUUAAAUAAAAAAAUUAUGAUUAACAAAUAGAAAUUCAUUUGGUAAGCAAAAAUUAAAACAUAAAUAUUGUUGCUUCAAAUUUGGAGUAAAAAUUAAAAGGCUUAAGAAUAUUUUUCUAGGAUGUCGUUAAUCAUAUGACAACUCCAAAAGUUAAUAUAGAUCACAAAACUCUACUUGGAACUUUAAGACAGGUUUAUUUUCAAAAAAUUAUUUCUGAUGAUCUUGAGAAACAACUUCCAAAUUUAGAAUUUGUCGAUAUCAUUGACAAAAAGAGGGCAUAUAGUUCUGCUAUAUUUGGACUUCAUUUUCCUUAUAAUUUAGAAGGAAAAUCUUUAUUAUGUUAAGAAAUUUUUUAGUAUAUUAAAAAAAGAAUUGAAUCGCUAUUAGUUAUAUUCAUAUCAUUUGAAUAAUAAGCCGAAUAUGUGAAUUAGGCUAGAAAAAUGGAAGAUCUUUUCAAUAAUUUUAGAUAAGAAACUCGCUUUUUGUGUGUUUGCCAAGUUGACAAUUCAUUAAAAGUAAUUGCAAUUUUGGGUACUCCUGAAAGCAUUAAAAUUAUUGUCAAUGAAGAACUAAAACAGAGGGAGAAAGAAUUUAGCAUAGAAUUUUUUAAAACUUUAAGAGUAAAUAUUUUAUCGAAGAAUUUUGAAUUUAAUGCAACGCAAUAGAUGUAUUCUUUUAAAAUAUCUAAGGGGCACAUUUUAAUCACUUAUAGAGAAUAUAAAGAGUAAAAAGGUGAUAGACAUAUCAAGUUAAGAAUAAUUGCACACAUUUAAAUUCAGUUCUAAAGUCUCAUUCUAAUCAUAUUGUAUAUUUUUUAAUUAAUUAGGCAACUUAAUCACUCAUAUAUGCGAUAAAAAAAUUGGAUAAGCUAAUGAAAAAGCAUUGAGUGAUGAUUUAAAAAAAAUCAAUUAGAAAAUAAAAGCCUUCAAUCUUAAUGGAAAUUUUUUUACAUAAUUGGAAGUUGUACCUGAUCCAAUUAGAAAUUAGAAUAUAGCAACCUAGUGUAAACAAGAAUAGGCGAAUCAAAUUCAAAAUUAAAAACAAAAAAAAAAAGUAAUUGAAUAACCAAUUCCUUAAUAAAACCUCCCUAAGGAUUAAAAUACUAUUAUUUAACCCAAUUAAAAACAAUAAAAAAUAAUUGAACCUAAAGACUCGAAGAGUGAAUAGAAAGAAAGUAUUAUNAGAUUCACUUCAUGAAGAGUUAAAACAUGCAGUAAAUAAAUAUCUUGAAUAAAUACACACAAGAAAAUUAGCUUUAGAUUAUGAUAGUUCGAGAACAUUUUUUCGCUCUAAUUAUAUUUAGAAAGAGUGUUAAAAUAAAUAGUAUUAUAUUGUUAAAUAAAAAAAUUAUGAUUAACAAAUAGAAAUUCAUUUGGUAAGCAAAAAUUAAAACAUAAAUAUUGUUGCUUCAAAUUUGGAGUAAAAAUUAAAAGGCUUAAGAAUAUUUUUCUAGGAUGUCGUUAAUCAUAUGACAACUCCAAAAGUUAAUAUAGAUCACAAAACUCUACUUGGAACUUUAAGACAGGUUUAUUUUCAAAAAAUUAUUUCUGAUGAUCUUGAGAAACAACUUCCAAAUUUAGAAUUUGUCGAUAUCAUUGACAAAAAGAGGGCAUAUAGUUCUGCUAUAUUUGGACUUCAUUUUCCUUAUAAUUUAGAAGGAAAAUCUUUAUUAUGUUAAGAAAUUUUUUAGUAUAUUAAAAAAAGAAUUGAAUCGCUAUUAGUUAUAUUCAUAUCAUUUGAAUAAUAAGCCGAAUAUGUGAAUUAGGCUAGAAAAAUGGAAGAUCUUUUCAAUAAUUUUAGAUAAGAAACUCGCUUUUUGUGUGUUUGCCAAGUUGACAAUUCAUUAAAAGUAAUUGCAAUUUUGGGUACUCCUGAAAGCAUUAAAAUUAUUGUCAAUGAAGAACUAAAACAGAGGGAGAAAGAAUUUAGCAUAGAAUUUUUUAAAACUUUAAGAGUAAAUAUUUUAUCGAAGAAUUUUGAAUUUAAUGCAACGCAAUAGAUGUAUUCUUUUAAAAUAUCUAAGGGGCACAUUUUAAUCACUUAUAGAGAAUAUAAAGAGUAAAAAGGUGAUAGACAUAUCAAGUUAAGAAUAAUUGCACACAUUUAAAUUCAGUUCUAAAGUCUCAUUCUAAUCAUAUUGUAUAUUUUUUAAUUAAUUAGGCAACUUAAUCACUCAUAUAUGCGAUAAAAAAAUUGGAUAAGCUAAUGAAAAAGCAUUGAGUGAUGAUUUAAAAAAAAUCAAUUAGAAAAUAAAAGCCUUCAAUCUUAAUGGAAAUUUUUUUACAUAAUUGGAAGUUGUACCUGAUCCAAUUAGAAAUUAGAAUAUAGCAACCUAGUGUAAACAAGAAUAGGCGAAUCAAAUUCAAAAUUAAAAACAAAAAAAAAAAGUAAUUGAAUAACCAAUUCCUUAAUAAAACCUCCCUAAGGAUUAAAAUACUAUUAUUUAACCCAAUUAAAAACAAUAAAAAAUAAUUGAACCUAAAGACUCGAAGAGUGAAUAGAAAGAAAGUAUUAUUGAUUUGUUUGUAGGUAACCAUUAACAUUAUGAAAAUGUAAAAGAAGAAAAAGUUGUUUUUACGGACCGUAUUGUUUAAGAAAUUUUAGAUGGAAAGUGUACAAUUAAAAUUAGUGAAGAAUACAAUGAACAUUUUAAAAAUUUGACAAAUAACUAUUAAGGCGUAUAAGUUGGUUACAUUUCCAUAACAGAAAAGCACCUUUUGUCAUUAAAGGCCUUUAAUAAGGAAAUAAAAAUAUAUCCAGAUGCUAAUGAUAUAUAACGCCAAAAUGAUGAAAUAAUUGUUCUAGUUAAAGUUAAUGGAAAUGCUGAGAAAAAUAAGGAGACUGAAAUUUUUGAAUAAAUAAAAUAAUAGGAUACAUUUUAUAUGGUUAAUAAGGAUAACUAAAUUCUUCCUAUUCAAUUGAUUUGAGAAGUG